AUGGCUCAAGAUAGCGAUGUGCCCAUGUCGGCCGACAAGGGCAAGGGUAAAGCUGUCGAAGAGCCCAAGAACGACAAGUCAGUCGCCAACGGGAAGAAAGAAGAUGAGGAAAAGAAGGAUGCUACUGGCGAGGAGCUGAAUGAAGAAGACCAGCAACUCAAGAAUGAGCUCGACAUGAUCGUGGAGCGCUUGACAGAAUCCAACACGCCACUAUACAAGCCCUCGCUAGAGGCCAUGAAGACCUCGAUCAAGACAUCGACCUCGUCCAUGACAGCAGUGCCCAAGCCGCUCAAGUUCCUCCGACCACACUAUGAGACUCUCACGAAAUUGUACGACGAAUGGCCCGCGGGCGAAGACAAGAAAUCUCUGGCAGAUGUGCUGUCGGUGAUUGGUAUGACAUUCUCGGACGAGGACAGGCAGGACACACUCAAGUACAGAUUGCUCGCGCCAUCGUCCGACAUUGCAUCGUGGGGUCACGAGUAUGUGCGGCACUUGGCCCUGGAGAUCGGCGAAGUCCACGCAAAGCGCCUAGCGGAAGACGAGCCGACCAAGGACCUCGUUGAUCUUGCAUUGAUUCUCGUACCCUUGUUCAUCAAGACCAACGCUGAAGCCGACGCUGUCGAUCUAAUGAGCGAGCUGGACAUCAUUGAGCUGCUUCCCGAGUAUGUCGACACCGAGUCCUAUCCCCGGGUUUGCUUGUACCUGGCGAGCAUGGUGAACCUGUUGACGUACCCCGACAACGAGACGUUCCUCCGGACGGCGCAUACGAUCUACAUGAAGAACAAGCAAUACACGCAGGCUAUGGUCCUGGCUAUCCGGUUGCACGACAGUGAACUCAUCAGCAAUGAUUACAACGAGGUCACAGAUCCCGCAUUGAAGUCUCAGUUGGCAUUCCUCCUCGCUCGUCAGAAGAUUGUUCUGGACGCCGAAGUUGAGGACCACGCCGAGAAUGAGUGCCUUGGCAACAUGAAGCUUUCCGAGUAUUUCAAGUCGCUAGGAGAAGAACUCAACAUUUUGGAGCCCAAGACCACAGAAGACAUCUACAAGAGCCAUUUGGAAAGCAGUCGUGUGGCCGGCAUGACGAACCUGGAUUCUGCGAAGCACAACCUUGCGGCUGCUUUUGUCAACGGGUUCGUGAACGCUGGUUUUGGAGAGGAUAAGAUGAUGCUGGUGGAAGAGGACCCGUGGGUUUGGAAGACCAAGGGUGAUGGCCAGAUGUCAACAGUGGCAUCCUUGGGCACCUUGCUCGCGUGGGACCUCGAAAACGGCUUGGACAAGAUCGAUCAGUACACCUACGCCACCGAGCCAGAGAUUCAGGCUGGCGCCGCGCUUGCCAUCGGUAUCAUGACCUCUGGUGUACAGUCAGAGGCCGAGCCGGCGAUUGCUCUUCUAACAGACUCUGACAGGCUUGACAACAGCAACUCGAUGAUCUCGACGGCAGCAAUUAUGGGUCUUGGCGUAUCUUAUGCUGGUGCGGGCAAGGAAGCAGUGCUCGAGCACCUGCUGCCCAAAAUCUCAGACUCUAGCCUUAGCAUGCAGACCUCGGCCAUGGCGGCUCUUUCGUGUGGUCUGAUCUACGUUGGCACGUCCAACCCAGAAAUCAGCCAGGCCAUUGUCGACACGCUGAUGGACGACGACCGCAAGGAUCAGCUUACAGACAAGUGGACUCGAUUCUUGGGUCUCGGUCUAGGACUACUGUUCUUUGGGCGGCAAGAAGAGGUCGACGUGAUCUUGGACGUUCUCAGAGUGAUAGAGCAUCCUAUGGCGAAAUCCACAGCUGUGCUGGCGGACAUUUGCGCCUGGGCCGGCACUGGUGCUGUGUUGAAGAUCCAGGAGCUGUUGCACAUCUGCAAUGAGCACCAAGAAGAGUCGGACGAGAAGAAGGGCGACGAGCUGCUGCAGUCGUAUGCUGUUCUUGGCAUUGCGCUCGUAGCGAUGGGUGAGGACAUUGGCCAGGAGAUGGUCCUGCGCCAGUUCGGCCACCUGAUGCACUAUGGCGAGGCCAACAUUCGCAAGGCAGUGCCGCUCGCCAUGGGUCUCAUCAGCCCCAGCAACCCCCAGAUGAAAGUCUACGACACACUGUCGAGGUACAGCCACGACAACGACCCUGAAGUAGCCAUCAACGCCAUCUUCGCCAUGGGCAUGCUGGGUGCCGGCACCAACAACGCCAGGCUUGCGCAGUUGCUUCGUCAAUUGGCGAGCUACUACCACCGCGAUCAGGAUGCUUUGUUCAUGGUGCGUAUCGCUCAGGGCCUCCUGCACAUGGGCAAGGGCACUAUGUCGCUAAACCCUUUCCACACCGACCGCCAAAUCCUGUCCCGGGUCGCUGCGGCCGGUCUCAUGUCGACAAUUGUCGCCAUGAUCGAGCCCAAGGAAUUCAUCACCUCCUCGCACCACUACCUCCUCUACUACCUGAUCACUGCCAUGCACCCUCGCUUCCUAGUGACGCUGAACGAGAACCUGGAGCCACUCAAGGUCAAUGUCCGCGUUGGUCAGGCUGUGGACGUGGUAGGACAAGCCGGUCGCCCCAAAACUAUUACGGGAUGGCAGACACAGAGCACGCCUGUGCUGCUGGCCCAUGGCGAGAGGGCCGAGCUCGAGGAUGAGGAAUACUUGAGCCUGAGCAACACGCUAGAGGGCUUGGUCAUCUUGAAAAAGAACCCGGAUUGGGAAGAGGAGAAAUAG